CUGGAUGAUGGCUGUAUCCCAGGAGCUGGGGAUGAUGACCGCCCAAUCGGACACGAUACACAUAAUCUAUUCCUUUAUGAUAAGAAGAAUAAGGACAGGCUUUUCCUCGUUACAAUCGCACAAUCUGAGAAUAUAUCAUUGAAGGAGUUGGCCAAGAAGGUGAGUCCAUCUAAAAUUGCUGGUAUUAAGAUGCCUUAA